AUGGCCGGUGCGGGGAGGCCGGCGGCGGCAGCGAGAGCGUCGGGGAGCCCGGAGUGCCGGGCCCCACCAGCGGGAGGCGCAGCCCUGGGCGCUCGGCUCCGCGCACCGCUGCGGAAGCUCAGCGUGCUGCUCCCUCCUCCGCCGGGAUCACCCUGCCGGGCCUCGCCUGGGAGGCUUUUAAAAGGGCUCGGGGAGGGCCGGCCGCCGCCGCCUCCUGCCCCCCGUGGCGGGGGCGUGGGCGGCAGCCGGAGGGGCGGAGGCGGGAAGCCGUCCAGGGGCGCGCGGUGCUGGGGAGACAGCGCAGUCGGCGCUGGACCGGGAGCCCCCGAGCCGAGCUCAGGGUUUGCGCCAGCCCGGAGGUCCGCGGCCAAAAAGUCGGUGUGGGGAGCGGCCGGCGCCCUGCGCACCGACCAGGUGAAGCUUUGCAGGCACAAAGCGUGCUCCAGACGUGGCCUUCUUAGAAUGAUUGCCGUCAAUUGCCAUGAAUACUCGGCGUACGUUUGUGCAUUUUCUGUGUAG